CUCUGUCAAGAACAGAUCCCAAUUCCUUGCAAUGGUGUGUGGUCGUGUGGAGUGUCGACUAUGCGAUGAAUUCGUACUCGCCGGACUCUGAGAGCUCAUAAUUAAAUUGCGAUUAGUCUACAUUUCAAAUCCGCAUUCCAUCAUCUCAAGUCUCAACUCAAGUCUAACUAUUUCCCUUUCUCGUCUUCAGCCUGAGAAAAAAAAAAAAACUGACGAUUGCAUCCUCCAGACUGCACCAGACAUUCACCUUGAACAUUCCAACCUCAUUCUAACAGGAUUUUUCAGGAUUCUUUUUCAAUAUUUCCGUGACAAGUUUUACAUUCCCUCGCUUUUUAAGAUGGUCGAUUCGGUUAAAAUGCUCGAGGAAAUGUCUUACGAUGAUUGAUGAAUUUCUGGCUGAUCAAUCUCAAAACCAGGAAUAUUCAAUGCUCGAUCUCUUUCUGGAACUCGUUCCAGGAAUGACCUUUCCAGAAAUCGAUUAGCAGGAGUUUGACGGGAAUUUCACGCGGGUGUACCCGAGUUCGUGUCAGAACCAAAGAUUGAUGGCCCAAAGCAACAUUCCGGUCAGCGAAGCUUACUGGUUUCUGGUGGACAAAGCCGAUAAGAAGUUCUCUAGGGUUAGGGAUUUGCCUUGCUAUGGUCGGAACAGGUAUGACACUUAUUUCAAUAAGGUCUUUAAGGUCUACACGGAACUUUGGAAAUUUCAACAGGAGCAUCGGCAGAAGCUAGUCGAAGCGGGGCUCAGGAGAUGGGAGAUUGGCGAGAUUGCGUCUCGCAUUGCUCAACUUUAUUACGGUCACUAUCUCAGAACGAGCGAGGCCAGUUAUCUGUCGGAGGCUUAUAUCUUCUAUGAAGCUAUCUUGAGCAGGGAGUAUUUCAAGGAUGGUUCAUUGCAGGAGCUCAACUCCGCCAAUAAGCAGUUGAGGUGCAUCGCCAGGUUCUUGAUCGUUUGUUUGAUUUUGAAUCGGAGAGAAAUGGUGCACCGACUGGUCAAUCAGCUAAAGAUGUCUGUAGACGACUACAAGAGGAAUUUCCAGGAUGCCGACUUUAAAGAGUGGAAGCAGGUGGUUCAAGAAAUAGUUAGAUUUCUAAGAGCUGACACAGCUUUUAUGAACAUAAGGCCUUUAAGAUAUAGUUUAGUGAUUGACACACCUCCAGAUUCUUUACCACAUGUUGCUUCCUUAGAGGGCAAGAGAAAUCUAAAAUUGCGAGAUGCAAUACUGAGUAGCUAUCAUCACAAUGAGGUCAAGUUCACGGAGCUUACCUUGGACGUAUUUAGAAUGCUCCAGUGUCUGGAGUGGGAACCUAGUGGUUCUUUCUAUCAGACAAGUGGAACUCUUGCCAGCGGGAAUGCUACUAGCAUUGGCCAGAAUGGAGGCUCAGGGCCUAAUCGGAUGAACUAUUUGCAAGACAUAAGGGACCAAUCGUUGGAACCAAACCCACGAAAGGCCAUUUUAUAUCAUCCAUCUGUUACCCAUUUUCUUGCAGUUCUUGCCACGAUAUGUGAGGAUCUUCCUCCUGAUGGAAUACUUUUAAUUUAUCUAUCUUCAUCAGGAAAGGGUGUACGGACUUUUUCUUUGCCAUCAACUUCUAAUGCUACUACAAACAGUUAUGAUAUGGGAACCUCUAAUGAAAUGGCUUCUGAUGCACAAUCUACUUCUCUACCGGGUUCUCCAUGUGACGCCCAGGCCUUUUCACCUUGCCAAAACAAGGAAAAUCAUGAGAACAGCAAUGCUGGGUUUUUGCGUAUGGGCACUCGUGGGAAUGGAGGUUUGAACUGUCUCUAUCCUUGUGACUUAAUUCCAUUCACAAGAAGGCCUCUUUUUUUUAUUGUUGACAGUGAUAGCAGUCAAGCAUUCAAGGCUAUACAUGAAGCUGAUAAAGGAGAACCCGCUGCAAUACUUCUCUCUCCUAGCACUCUAUCUCCUUCUGCUGCUACUAUUGUUGAUUCUUCUCGUCAUCCAAGUGGAAGCCAGUUCACCAUGUUCCUCACAGCUCCUUUGCAGGCAUUCUGUCUCUUGCUUGGUUUUUCAGGCACUAACAUUGAAAUGGAUGUGUAUUACAAGGCUGAGAAAUUGCUUGCUUCAUCAUUAAACGACUGGGGAUCAACUUUGGCAACAUCAGACACACUGCAUCCUGUUUGGGCACAAAUCCUGUCUGAUCCAUUCUUAAGACGACUUCUUUUAAGGUUCAUAUUUUGUCGUGCUGUGCUUGCACUUUAUGCUCCAACAUUCAACAAGAAAGAAUUCCUUCCUGAAUGCCUGCCCCCCCUCCCAGCAAACAUACUUCCCACAACGCCUGCAUCUCAAACUGUAAUUCUGCAAAUUUCUAGAAUUUUUGGGGCAACUGAUCAUUUCAUCUUCUCCGAUGGAAUUGUAGUUCCUGAAAAUAGACAUGACGUUGAAGAUUCAACAGCCAUAAGAUCACCUGAAGCCCACAAGGCACAUGUUGGUGAAGAAAAUGGACAUUGAAACUUGAAGGAAGUAAAAUGAUGUGGCCCUCAUCUUAUAUAAAAGAGAAUGGAGAUAGCGGAGAGUUAUUUGUUUGGGAUUGACGGUUGAGGUAGGAAGCAAGAUGAUGCGAUCCUCCAUUUCAUAUGAGAGAAUCGAGGUAGAAGGGAAGUUGUGCAAAUUGUGCAUCAGUUUUUAGGAUGCAAAAUGGGCACGGUCAGUGCAAAUGAGAAUAAAAAAAUGUAAAUUCCGCAUCAGGUAAGACUGUAAGAGUGCAGAUUAUAGUUACAAAUAAAUGGAUAUAAAACUGUACUGGGUGCAUAAUUUGUAUUCAGUCCAGAUUUGCACAAAUUUGCUCUGCAAAACGAUUGUUGUCAGAUGGGUUUUGUGCAAAUGUCAGGGCUGAGUGAGUACUAGCAACUUAUUGGGUUUGGGCCAACUCAGCAGUGUCUAUACUACUAAUAAAAGAGCGAAUAGUCUCAUUUUCUGGACUUUUCAUUAGACAUUUUUACCCCUUGUCUAAGCAAUGUACAAUGGGUAUAAAAAGGGCAUAUAUGUCCUUUACUCUCA